UAAGACAAUGUAGAUCCCCUCCGUCGGACUAGGGUUUUCUUUUAUCUUCUUACACACUUUUACUCUUUAUACACUUCGGCUCCACUGCAAGCAAAAUCUAGAGAUCCGUCGACAAUGGUAGGAGUUUUCGAAGUAGGCGCCGUUCCGUUUAAUCCUGACGGCUGGGGUCCGCCCGACUCCACCACCGCCACCGUGCCGUCCACCACCACCACUCUCCCUCCUCACGUUCCUUUCGCUCCCUUCUCCCGCUCUGAAAAACUCGGCCGAAUCGCCGACUUCACCCGAUCUUUUGCAAAUGCCAACCCAUCUAACCGCCCUUCUUCAGGGAAGCCUGGCGCAGCCUCCUCAGAGUCGCCCUUCGAUUUCUCGCUCGACCUCGAUACUUUCCCUCUUGCGUACCCCGAAGACGAUUCUUCCUUCCGUUUAGUCGACGCAAAGCCGCCCACGCGGCCUAAAUUUGGCCCCAAGUGGCGCUUCAACCAACACCGACCUCAACUUCCUCAACGGCGAGAUGAAGAAGUUGAGGCCCGUAAAAGAGAAGCUGAAAAAGAACGAGCCCGACGUGACCGUCUUUAUAAUCUCAACCGAUCGAACCAGAACCAGCAACGUCGUGAAGCUGCGAUUUUCAAAUCCUCCGUCGAUAUCCAACCAGAGUGGAACAUGCUGGAUCAAAUCCCUUUCUCAACAUUCUCCAAAUUAUCCUUUUCCGUUCCAGAACCUGAAGAUUUACUUCUCUGCGGUGCUUUAGAGUAUUACGAUCGCUCCUUUGAUCGAAUUACCCCGAAGAACGAACGGAGACUCGAGAGGUUCAAGAACAGAAACUUCUUUAAAGUCACCACGACUGACGACCCGGUGAUCCGAAGAUUGGCAAAUGAGGACAAAGCAACUGUUUUCGCCACUGAUACGAUUCUGGCAACGUUAAUGUGUGCACCCAGGUCAGUUUAUUCUUGGGACAUUGUGAUUCAACGUGUUGGGAAUAAACUAUUUUUCGACAAAAGAGAUGGGUCACAGUUAGAUUUGCUAUCAGUCCACGAGACCUCUCAGGAGCCAUUGCCUGAAGCUAAAGAUGAUAUUAACUCUGCUUAUUCAUUGAGUGUUGAAGCAGCUUACAUAAAUCAGAAUUUUUCACAGCAGGUUUUGGUUAGGGAUGGGAAUAAGGUUAGUUUUGAUGAGCCGAACCCAUUUGCCAAUGAAGGUGAUGAGGUGGCUUCUGUGGCAUAUAGGUAUAGGAGGUGGAAACUUGAUAAUGAUAUGUAUUUGAUUGCACGGUGUGAGGUUCAGAGUGUUGUUGAAGUUAAUAAUCAAAAGUCUUUCCUCACUUUGAAUGCGCUUAAUGAGUUUGAUCCCAAGUAUUCUGGUGUUGAUUGGAGGCAGAAGUUGGAAACACAAAGGGGGGCAGUCUUGGCUACCGAGUUGAAGAACAAUGCGAAUAAGUUGGCUAAAUGGACUGCUCAAUCAAUAUUAGCUAGUGCCGAUUUGAUGAAAUUGGGUUAUGUUUCGAGGGUUCAUCCUAGGGAUCAUUUUAACCAUGUGAUAUUGGGUGUUGUUGGUUAUAAGCCAAGGGAUUUUGCUGCACAAAUUAAUCUGAAUACUGCUAAUAUGUGGGGGAUUGUGAAGUCCAUUGUGGAUUUGUGUAUGAAGUUGAAUGAGGGGAAAUAUGUGCUUGUGAAGGAUCCAUCAAAGCCUCAAGUUAGGAUUUAUGAGGUCCCAGCUGAUGCUUUUGAGAACGAUUAUGUGGAAGAACCAUUGCCAGAAGAGGAGCAGGUUCAGCCACCUGCGGAGGAUACUGAAGCUGGGGAGCCGAAUGGCACUACAAAUGAUGUUGAGGCAAAAGAGACUGAGACACAAACUUAAUGUGUUGAUUGCUAGAGCUUAUUGGUGAUUAAGGAGGACAACAAUCCAGGGGAUGUUAUCGCCUCAAAAGGACCACGUUUGAAGCUCAAAAUUAGUCCAUUGUAUUUUUCUUUCUUAGCUAUUUUUGUGAAUCUGCAAGCCGACUUGGCAACAUGUGCGGGCAGAUUUUAUAGGAGCAUUUAUUCAACUUUUGAAAGUGAUAGAUAAGUAUGCUUUGAAGCUUUCAUGCAGGUCAAGAACUGUGAUACCGAGUUUACAAGGCUUUUGCAUUUUCAUAUUCUCUUUUAUCUGGAGGCUGUUUCUUUUCCUGGAGUGUUAUGAACUUCGCAUUCUUUAAAUGUUAUAAUUUUGGUCA